AUGUUAGCGAGGAUGCUUGUGAUACAUUUGUGGGGUCUGGCAAGCGAAAUCGUACUGCUGGAUAAGUUUCUUCGCUUGGAGGGCCAUGGUGACUUUGUGCACACCACAUGUUUCUGCAGGGAAGCAGACCCAAUGUAUCGGUACCAAGACUGUCAUGGUGCAGAGUUGUUGUGUCCCACAUGUGCCGUGCAUAUACACGAGAGGCAGCUGUUACACAGGAUUGAGUGCUGGAACAGUACCUCGUUUCAGAUCACCACAUUGAAGGCCUUGGGGGCCUGCUUUCAACUUGGGCAUCCCAUCGGUGCCCAAUGCAUCAAUCUGAUCCCUGCAUUCAAUGAUGACUUCGUUAUCCUUGACUGCAAUGGUAUUCACGAAGUCGGACUUGAUUUCUGUGGAUGCAAGUCUGCUCAGCUGCACAUUAUUCAGUUGUUACAUGGUCGCCUGUUUCCUGCCACAACGUCAGACCCUAAAUCGGCUGCCACCUUUCACGUGUUAGAGUAUUUUCAAAUGCUGUCAUUUGAAUCUAAAGUAUCGGCAUGGGAGUUUUACAAUACAGUUGCUCGCCUCACGGAAAACACAGGCACCCAUGUUCCCAAGGAUCGUUAUGAUAGUCUUUGUUGGAUGAUGCAUGAAUGGCGCUUUGUGAUGCAAAUGAAACACUGCGGUCAGGGUCAUCAUCCAGGAGGCAUUAACGCAACAGAGGCUGGUGCUUGUGCUGUCUUAUGCCCUGCCUGUCCCCAUCCAAACAAAAAUCUACCUGUUGGGUGGGAAAAUUCUCCACCAGAAUUCCAAUUUCUAUAUGCUAUAUUCCUUGGAAUUGACACCAACUUCCGACUGGUUUGGCAUAACGUAUCAUCAGACACCGUUGAUCCUGGAUUGAAUUAUGGGUACACAUUUUUCGUGGAGGAGACUGGGUACAAGCACUUCCUGGCUUCGUGCAAUAGGGUGGGCAAUGCUCAGGAGAAGAGCACAUGUUCUAGCCACUCCGCUGUGAACCUGGUGGAUAUGAGAGCUUCACAUGGACUUGCAGCAACAGGUGUAGGCACAAUUUCAAGUGACCGUGUUCAGUACAUAAACAUGGAUUACCUUUUUUUUUUAAGCAUGCAGUCUUCACAUGACAUUCACAUCCUCAAUAUAUCUUAUGACAUAGCCUGCCAGUGGAACAAAAACCUUUGGUCACGCAUGUCAGCAUUCCCACAUGAGUAUCACAUUGACCGCGACAACAAGCUCAUCACAUUCCUAGUUCCUAAAUUCCAUCUGCCAGCGCACAUCGCCAGUUGCCAAACGAGGUUCUCAUUUAAUUUUAUCAAAAGUGUUGGGCAGACUGAUGGUGAAGCCCCGGAGCGCAGGUGGGCAGAUAUCAACCCUAUCACUACAAGCACUCGUGAGAUGGGACCUGGAUCGACGCAAGACACUAUAGAUGAUCAUUUUAAUGACUGGAAUUGGAAGAAGGUCUGCGCCAUGGGCACCAUUCUCCUCCGUAAAUAUAAGGCUGCAAUACCUGAGGCUGAAGAAUGUGCCGGUGAUCUUAAGGAGUUCGAGGCUGCCCUUGAUGCAGAUCAAUUAGCUGGAUGGCGGAAAGAGAUCGAGAUGUGGGAGUCAGACCACUCCUUGACGAAUCUGUUUGAAGUCAAAGCAAGAACUACUGUGACCCAGGCUGCCAUGCAUCUAGCAUUAUUGAAGGCUGAGGCAGAAGAAAUUGAGUGUGGCGAACAUAUAUCCCUAGACGAUGAUAUAUCGCCAUUGGUCCUCAUAUCAUCAGGGAUGGAACUAGAGGAUCAACAACAGUAUGCCACCGAUGCCCAAAAAGUCAAGAUACUCCAACACAUCAAUAGCCUCCACCAUAGGAUUGAUACCUGUGACAUUCCCUCUGAGGACAAGGCCCAUAGAAUCAACCUCUUUCUCCCUUCAUCACUGCCCCCGACAUUCCCAUGUGACGACCACUUACUAAAGUACAAAUGGGAUUUGCGUCAAGCACAGGCAAACAAUGCUCUAAAUGACCUCCACGCUGUCAUCAAUAUGACCUACCACCUCUACAAACUAGGCAAGAAUGACGACUGGCGGCAGAUACUGAAGCUACUGGACAGGAGAAAAGAUGCGGUCCCGCUCAAACACAAUAAAGGCAAGACAGUUGGCCAACAGAAUAUUUCAUGGAUAUGGAAGGUGGCUGGGGUAUCAAACAAUCAGGAGGAAGGAUUGCAGGAUUUGUUACAUGUGGAAUGGUGCAAGGCACGGGCACAGGCUCAUUGGUGGGAGGAGGAAGUCCAGCUCCUGUAUGAGGAAAUGCGUCGUGUUCUUACCUUCUUGGAGUGGCAGGCUGGAUGGUGGGACACGCAAGGCUCGCGACGCCAAUUUGGCUCAUCUGCAUUCACAGAGGGGGCAGUUGCAUAUGCACAUCGCCAGGCAAUGCUACGCCAGAGCAUGUCUGCGUGGUUCAGGUUGUUGUGGGAAGCCAUCCCCUCGUGGACUGCUGUGCCUCUCAUGGACUAA